CCGUGUUUUGAACAUUUCAUGUACUCACAUUUGGAGCCUCCGCCCUUUUGAAAUAAAUAAAAACCUAGCGCAGCUUGGGAGCUGUGGGCCGACGGGAAGGUCAGAAGAAGCCACCGGAAGGCCAAGGCGAGUAUUAGGUCGGCAAAAGGAGCGAAGCCAUGCUAGGUCCAUCCCUGCGUUCAGUUGGGAGACUCUGCUCCGUACGUGCAAUAUGUAGAGGCAGAGGCAGAGGCAGUGGCAGAGGCAUAGGUCGUUUCUCCGCCUCUUCCACAAGCCUCAUUUUCCUUCCUCCUAUUGCGACUACCGCCGCAGCGCCUACAUCCCGCUUUAGCUCCUCUAUUUCUCAUUACUCUGACAGUAAUUAUACUGAUGAUGGCGGUGAGACCCAUGGCAUUACCAAUAGGGAGACGAAUGCUUAUUCGGCGAUUGAGCUGGCGCUCGACUCUGUGGUUAAGAUCUUCACUGUCUCCAGCAGCCCCAACUAUUUGCUUCCUUGGCAGAACAAGUCCCAGCGCGAAACUAUGGGUUCCGGAUUUGUCAUCCCCGGGAAAAGGAUUCUUACAAAUGCUCAUGUCGUGGCUGAUCACACAUUUGUGCUUGUAAGAAAGCACGGUUCUCCUACCAAGUAUAGAGCAGAAAUUCAAGCUGUUGGCCAUGAAUGUGACUUGGCUAUUCUAGUUGUUGAAAGUGAGGAAUUCUGGGAGGGUUUGAGUUUUUUGGAGCUCGGAGACAUUCCAUUUCUGCAAGAAGCUGUUGCUGUUGUUGGAUACCCUCAAGGUGGGGACAACAUUUCUGUGACAAAAGGUGUUGUUUCCAGAGUUGAACCUACACAAUAUGUACAUGGUGCUACCCAGCUCAUGGCAAUACAGAUUGAUGCAGCUAUUAAUCCAGGGAAUAGUGGAGGCCCUGCAAUUAUGGGCAAUAGUGUUGCUGGGGUAGCUUUUCAAAACCUUUCUGGUGCAGAGAAUAUUGGUUACAUAAUCCCUGUUCCUGUCAUAAAGCAUUUUAUAUCUGGCAUUGAAGAAACUGGCAAAUAUGUUGGAUUCUGCUCUCUGGGUUUGUCAUGCCAGUACUGAAAUAUUCAACUUCGAACCCACUUUCGAAUGCACCCUGAAAUGACUGGGGUACUUGUGAGCAAAAUCAAUCCUCUUUCGGAUGCACAUAGAGUUCUGAAAAAGGAUGAUAUCAUCCUUGCAUUUGAUGGUGUGCCCAUAGCAAAUGAUGGAACAGUUCCUUUCAGAAACAGGGAGAGGAUAACAUUUGAUCAUCUAGUCUCCAUGAAGAAACCCAAUGAAACAGCUCAAGUAAAAGUUCUGAGGGAUGGUGAGGAGUAUGAAUUCAAUGUUACCCUCCAAACUUUGCAGCCAUUAGUUCCAGUUCAACAAUUUGAUAAGCUUCCUAGUUAUUUCAUUUUUGCUGGUUUGGUCUUUGUUCCAUUGACCCAGCCAUACCUCCAUGAGUAUGGAGAAGACUGGUAUAAUACUUGUCCUCGUCGACUGUGCGAACGUGCACUAAGGGAACUGCCCACAAGGCCUGGUGAACAAAUUGUCAUCCUUUCUCAGGUGCUGAUGGAUGAUAUCAAUGCGGGGUAUGAACGCCUUGCAGACCUACAGGUGAAAAAGGUAAAUGGUGUAGAAAUCAAGAACCUGAAACACUUUUCCCAGCUUGUGGAGAAUUGUAGCAUGGAGAGCUUGAGGUUUGAUUUGGACGAUGAGAGAGUAAUUGUAUUGAACUAUCAAUUGGCUAAAAUAGCCACAUCUAGAAUUUUGAAGCGUCACAGAAUACCAUCUGCCAUGUCCAGAGACCUCAUUCAGAAGCAGGACUCCUCAGAAGUUGAGAUGGCUUGCUUGAGCUGAGUUCUCGUCGGGAAACUUUCUUUUGUAAUAAUGACCUGGAAAUAGAGUUCACCUCUAAAAUUUUGAUACCAAGUAAUUUACCAAUUGAGUUUUACAUUCA